AUGGCGAGGCUCUCCCGCGAGACAAGUUGCAGAACCAGGAUGUGUGGUUCACUAUUUCGGAAUAAAGUCUUAACUGGAGGUAACUGGUGGUCACUGAGCCCCACAUACGACUCCCCCUACACAAAACGCCCAAAUACAGAGUACCUUAAAUCCCUUUUCUAUUACCGUCUACUUCAAUUCCUUUCCUUUCCUGCAGGAGAAGGAGUUGACCCCAACUGCCUCGGGUGCCUGUGCGAGGCAUCCACCAAGUGCAACGCCUCCACGGCCUGCCACACGCCCUACCCAGGGGCAUACUUCUGCGGACCCUUCCUCAUCUCAUGGGCAUACUGGGCCGACGCAGAUAAGCCAAUCAUUGAGGGCGACAAUGCUGACAAGCAGGGAGCCUUCGAGCGCUGUGUGCAGGACCUGUACUGCGGCGCCGAGACCGUCCGCCGCUACAUGGCUAAAUUCCUGAACAUCGACUGCAACGGCGACGGGACGGUGGACUGCCUCGACUACGCCCACAUCCACAUGAUGGGCGGGUACGGGUGCAAGGAUCCAUCGGUCAGAACCACCGACUUCUAUAAAGUUUUCGAAAAUUGUUGGGAUGUAGUUAACGCGGCUUCUUCUCCAUCUGCUACGUAGAGUAAAAGGCAUUAUAUAAUUAUAUAUAUAGUAUAAUAUAGUCUUUAAAAAAUCGCAAAAAUAAUACGCCUGUGGCCCCCUUGACACGUCGUAUCCUGUCAGCUGACUCGUUCCGGAAUCCGUUUUCUUUUUCUUUUCUAAUUUACCUAAAGAUUGAUUGAGUAAAAUCUGUUCGUCAGAGGAAGUAUCGGGGGUUCUCUCACCGAUAAAGUUGAGGAAUUCUGAACGAGUAAGCUUUCUACUUAUUUAUUUUCUGGUUUAAUGAACUUUCUUGUUUUAUUUCGCUGAAAGUUCUCUUACUCACAAGGCUUUAAAAUGGCAUCACUAUUUUUUCUCUCUAUCUUUUGGCCCAAAAUAAACUUACUGGGUUUAAUAUAUUUAUACAGAAGGGCCUGUCAGUUUAAAUUAAAACGAAAACAAUAUUGGGGAAACAGACCUAUUCAAAUUAAAUUUUCACAUUUACCUUGGACAUUUAGGCUAUUUCAAAACAACUGGACCACUCUCUUUAUGUUGCAUCAAACGGAAGCACGAGAUUUAACACUUUUGUAAGAGUUCAAGUUGAAGGGUUGUCAUGUAAAGUUACUUGCCUUAAUAAAGUAUUGUGAAUUU